UUGGGACUCGUAGCCUGUUGUAAUCUCGCAGUCUGUUUUAGAAGCUCACUCAUCAGACGAUGAAAAUUACCGUUGCUCAGUCUAUCGAAUCUGUGAGUUUGAUUAUUUUCACAAACUUUUUCUUGUAUCUUUAAACUUCAUUGACACCACAUAAAAUAUAUUGACUAAAAGGCUGGACACGGGCAACUAGUACUUUGUUUCUAAACAAGUACUGCUUAUCAAGUACCAAAAAGAAUCAUGUAAAUUACCUGAUUCGCUUGCUGCUUGUCAAAAUCUAAUAUUUAUUUUUAAAAUACUUGAUUACUUACAAGUAAUUGAAGUCAAAAAUAUAAUCUUGUACAAAGGCAAUAAUAUGAGCUUUGUUAUCUUUUUAUCAAAUACGUUUUAGUUUUAUUAAAUCCAAUAUUUAUCUGCUAUAACAAUGCAAAUAAGAAAUAUUUUUUUUUCACAAAUAACAAAUAUUUUUAAAACAGGUGACAAGUAUUUUUAAAUGAGUAACAUGUACACAAGUAACAAAACAUUGAUACUUGACUCGUAUUUGCAAGUAAUAAAAUUUGUUGGUUUGUUAUUGGAUUUUACAACGACAAGUACUUUGCACUUGAUUUCUAAAAUUGGAUUGAGUAAAUAACAAGUAUAAACCAAGUAAAUAAGUAACCAUGCCGCCCCUGAUUAAAAUCAUAAUAGUAGAUAAUUCAGUAGUUACAUAGUAAUACAUAAAAAAGUCCAAACAAUGAUUGGUGAUGUCGUGCAACCCAAGUGACCUUAAGUCGUACACACGUUCACCACCAUGUUUAAUAAGAACUUUCUCUGCAGCUUCACUAUUAUCUUCUUGAUUAUUCAAUAAAAUGUUUCUUUUUACAAAGAAUUGAGCUAAAAAAGUAUAUCAGCUAGAUCUGAGAAUAAGGAAUAAUAAGAAGUAAUAUUUAAAUAAUUGAAAUUAUUUAUGUAGAUACAUGCCAUGUUAUUAAUAUGAGUGGUGAGAGAUGAUGCCAUGUUCUUUCCCGGGAAAACCUCUUUUCUUCCUCUUUCCCACAAAAAGAAAAACAAACUUUCCGUAAAUUUUGCCAAAAAAACCAGACCAAAUAUAGUAAUGUCGUCAUUGAAUUGAGUUCUCGGUUUCACGGUAAUAGAGAGAGAAAGUGGUUUCAGUUUUUUGUUACCUUUCUCCUUCUUUCUUCUCACGAGUUUGGCCUUCUCUCUCGCCAAAUUAAACAACGACCUUGAUCAGAAAAGGUCGUUUCUAUUUGAAAGAGGAGGAAGAAGAAGAGGAGGUAGAGGUAGAGAAAGCUGGGUGAGACCAAGGAAGGAAGGAUGAGCACCACGUCCAGCAAUGGAUUGCUCCUCACGUCAAUGUCUGGACGACAUGACGACAUGGAAGCUGGAUCUGCCAGAACCGAUCAUUCUGAUCACGAGGAGCUUGAACACGAUCCUGAUGAUCCUUUCGACCUUGAUAACACCAAGAACGCCUCUGCUGCAUCUCUCCGUCGCUGGAGGCAAGCGGCUCUUGUGUUGAAUGCAUCGCGUCGGUUUCGAUACACUUUGGAUCUGAACAAAGAGGAACACUAUGAGAAUCGAAGGAGGAUGAUCAGGGCACAUGCUCAAGUCAUAAGGGCAGCAUUGCUUUUUAAGUUGGCUGGAGAACAACAAAUCGGGGGUAUGCCGUUUGGAUCAUCAUCAUCAACAACUCCAGCAACAUCAACUGGUAACUUUGACAUUGACCUUGAGAAACUAGUGUCAAUGACCAGGAACCAAAACAUGUCCAAUCUGCAGCAACUUGGAGGGGUCAAAGGUGUUGCAGAGAAGUUGAAGUCAAAUCUGGAGCAAGGAAUUGAGGAGGAUGAGAAAGAGGUGACAGAUAGGAAGAAUGCAUUUGGAUCUAACACAUAUCCAAAGAAGAAGGGGAAGAGCUUCUAUAUGUUCCUGUGGGAAGCUUGGCAGGAUUUAACUCUUAUCAUCUUGAUUAUUGCCGCUGUAACAUCAUUGGCAUUGGGAAUAAAGACAGAGGGUCUGAAAGAAGGUUGGCUUGAUGGUGGAAGCAUUGCGUUUGCUGUCUUGCUUGUCAUUAUGGUUACAGCUGUUAGUGACUAUCGCCAAUCUCUUCAGUUUCAAAACCUCAACGAUGAAAAAAGAAAUAUACAACUAGAGGUCAUGAGAGGAGGGAGAACAGUGAAGAUUUCAAUCUAUGACGUUGUUGUGGGAGAUGUUAUACCUCUUAGAAUAGGUGACCAGGUCCCUGCGGACGGAGUGCUAAUUAGUGGCCAUUCUCUUGCCAUUGAUGAAUCUAGCAUGACCGGUGAAAGCAAGAUUGUUAACAAGGAUCAAAAAUCUCCUUUUCUAAUGUCUGGUUGUAAAGUAGCUGACGGAGUCGGUAGUAUGCUGGUAACUGGUGUUGGAAUCAACACAGAAUGGGGAUUGUUGAUGGCAAGUAUCUCAGAGGAUACUGGUGAAGAAACUCCCUUACAGGUGCGGUUAAAUGGUCUUGCAACCUUCAUCGGUAUAGUGGGGCUCACAGUGGCUCUUGUAGUCCUGGUAGCUCUUCUUGUGAGAUAUUUUACUGGAACUUCCCAAGAUUCUAAUGGAGCAACUCAGUUUAUCAAAGGGACGACUAGUAUCAGUGACAUUGUAGAUGAUUGUGUAAAGAUAUUUACAAUCGCAGUUACUAUUGUGGUUGUGGCAGUGCCUGAGGGACUUCCCCUAGCAGUUACCCUCACUUUGGCUUACUCAAUGCGGAAGAUGAUGGCAGACAAAGCUUUGGUUAGGAGGCUUUCAGCAUGUGAAACCAUGGGCUCAGCAACAACAAUAUGCAGUGACAAAACUGGAACUUUAACUUUGAAUCAGAUGACAGUGGUUGAGACAUAUGCUGGAGGAUCAAAGAUGGAUGUAGCAGACAACCCCUCUGGGCUCCACCCUAAACUUGUUGCCUUAAUAAGUGAGGGUGUGGCACAGAACACCACAGGAAACAUCUUUCAUCCCAAGGAUGGUGGAGAGGUGGAGAUUUCUGGAUCUCCCACUGAGAGGGCUAUUCUAUCUUGGGCGUAUAAGUUGGGAAUGAAGUUUGACACCAUCAGGUCGGAGUCUGCUAUCAUCCAUGCUUUCCCUUUCAAUUCUGAGAAAAAACGUGGAGGUGUUGCUGUUCUUCGAGGUGAUUCUGAAGUUUUCAUUCAUUGGAAGGGAGCAGCGGAGAUAGUUCUGGCUUGCUGUACACAAUUCAUGGACUCAAAUGGCACUCUGCAGCCCAUUGAUGACCAGAAGGAGUUUUUCAGACUUGCUAUUGAUGCCAUGGCGAAAAACAGCUUGCGAUGCGUUGCCAUUGCAUGCAGAACACAAGAGCUGAACAAAGUUCCCAAGGAACAGGAGGACUUAGAUAAAUGGGAUUUACCUGAAGAUGAAUUGACUUUGCUGGCUAUCGUUGGUAUAAAGGAUCCUUGUCGUCCUGGGGUCAGAGAAGCAGUGAGAAUUUGCACCAGUGCUGGUGUUAAGGUAAGAAUGGUGACUGGCGACAAUCUUCAGACAGCAAAAGCAAUUGCUUUGGAGUGUGGAAUACUUUCUUCAGAUACAGAAGCAGUUGAGCCUACUAUCAUUGAAGGAAAAGUGUUCCGUGAGCUAUCUGAAAAAGAGAGAGAGCAAGUCGCCAAGAGAAUAACUGUGAUGGGUAGAUCCUCUCCUAAUGACAAGCUUUUACUUGUUCAAGCACUAAGGAAAAACGGAGAUGUUGUUGCUGUCACUGGUGAUGGUACUAAUGAUGCUCCUGCUCUCCACGAGGCAGACAUAGGUCUCUCUAUGGGUAUAUCUGGAACUGAAGUUGCAAAAGAGAGUUCAGACAUCAUCAUUUUGGAUGACAAUUUUGCUUCAGUAGUUAAGGUUGUUCGUUGGGGUCGUUCUGUGUAUGCAAAUAUUCAGAAAUUCAUACAGUUCCAGCUUACAGUGAAUGUUGCAGCUCUUAUAAUCAAUGUUGUAGCAGCUAUGUCUUCCGGUGACGUUCCUCUAAAGGCUGUACAGCUGCUUUGGGUCAACCUUAUUAUGGAUACUCUUGGAGCACUUGCACUCGCUACAGAGCCACCAACUGAUCAUCUUAUGCACAGAACCCCUGUUGGAAGAAGGGAGCCUCUAAUUACAAACAUCAUGUGGAGGAACUUGCUUGUGCAGUCAUUGUACCAAGUGGCUGUCCUCCUAGUUCUCAACUUUGCAGGCUUGAGCGUGCUUGGCUUGAAACAAGACAGCGACCAUGCACAUGCUGUGGAAGUCAAGAACACUAUGAUAUUCAAUGCCUUCGUUAUGUGUCAAAUAUUCAACGAGUUCAACGCAAGGAAACCUGAUGAAAUGAAUGUAUUCAGUGGUGUAACUAAGAACCCUCUCUUCAUUGCAAUUGUUGGAGUCACUUUUGUACUUCAGAUACUCAUUGUUACUUUCCUUGGGGAGUUUGCCCAUACCGUUCCACUGAGUUGGCAACUAUGGCUUGCUUCUAUUGUCAUCGGACUGGUCAGCUGGCCACUGGCAGUUGUUGGGAAACUGAUUCCUGUACCAAAGACUCCAAUGAGCAUCUACUUCAAGAAACCGUUCCGUAAAUACAAAGCCUCAAGAAGUGCAUAAACACAUUACUAGAGAUAUUCAUGUUCCUCAUACUGCAAUUACAGAAGCAAAUAACAGAUGAUGAUAUAUAACCUUGUGAUAAUUGGCCUAUACCUCUAACCUUCCUUUCUUUUAAAUGGUAAUAGUAUUUUCAAAUGUAUACUGCAAGGUCCAAUUCUUUUGUCGCUUUCCAUAUUUCUUCUUCUUCUUCUUGUAUGAUGUAAAAGUGCAACUGUGAAUUGAAUUGGAUUUGGGGUUGUACUAGUGGGAGUUUGGCUCAGUCUUUGGCUUUUCAAAAAGUGUCGUGCUUACAUGGAGGAUUCUCUUUUUUUUUUUUCUUUAUGGUUAAUACAUUCUAAAACAAUCCCUCACC